UUUUCUUCUCUCAAGUGUUCUUAAAAUUUUUAGGUGUUUGCUAUUUUCGUGAAGCAAUAAAAGAGUUUUGUUGAAAAAGUUAGCUAUCUCCAUGGACCGACCAAAGAAACGGGACGUACUACGAGCGGUGAAUUCGAUGAGCUCCCUAUGCCAGAAUGGCGAAAAAAAGGAAGGAAUUCGAGCAGUGAACUCGGUGUGCUCGAUAUCUGAACUGACGGAUGAAGACCUACUGUCUCGGCUGCUUGACCGGCCAAGACUUAAACUUGAGCGGAAAAAGUCGUACGAGGAAAUGUCUUUAAGCCUCUACGACAGUGCACACUCACUAGACGGUAGGUCUGGUUGGGAUACUCCGGUUUUCUCCAUGAAAUACUCAUCUGACCUUAACCCGAUGGUCACAGAAGCUUGGGAGGCUCUCUGCCGGUCUCAGGUCUACUUCCGGGGAAAACCGGUAGGAACCAUCGCCGCCUAUGACCAUGCUUCCGAGGAGGUCUUGAACUAUGAUCAGGUAUUCGUACGUGAUUUUGUACCGAGCGCUCUAGCAUUUCUGAUGAAAGGAGAUCCUGACAUUGUGAAGAACUUUCUCCUAAAGACACUUCAUAUUCAGGGACAAGACAAAAUGAUCGACAAGUUCAAGCUUGGUGACGGCGCAAUGCCAGCGAGCUUCAAGGUUCUCCAUAACCCUAUCAAGAAGACGGAUACGAUCAUCGCUGACUUUGGAGAGAGCGCUAUCGGAAGGGUGGCUCCUGUCGACUCGGGGUUUUGGUGGAUCAUUCUCCUCCGAGCUUACACGAAGUCUACAGGAGACCAUUCUCUUGCUGAGAGACCUGAGUGCCAAAAGGGAAUGAGGCUCAUUCUCUCUUUAUGUCUCUCUGAGGGUUUUGAUACUUUUCCGACUUUGCUCUGCGCAGACGGUUGCUCCAUGGUCGAUCGUAGAAUGGGCAUUUACGGCUACCCGAUCGAGAUCCAAGCCCUCUUUUUCAUGGCUCUUCGAUCCGCACUCUCAAUGCUGAAACAUGAUUCGGAGGGUAAAGAGUUCAUGGAAAAGAUAGUGAAGCGGCUUCACGCGCUGAGCUUCCACAUCAGAAGCUACUUUUGGCUCGAUUUCCAGCAGCUUAAUGACAUUUACCGUUACAAGACGGAGGAAUACUCACACACCGCGGUAAACAAGUUCAACGUCAUCCCUGACUCCAUCCCGGAUUGGAUCUUCGACUUCAUGCCUCUCCGAGGUGGCUACUUCAUUGGAAACGUCAGUCCCGCCCGCAUGGACUUCAGGUGGUUUGCGUUGGGAAAUUGUAUCGCAAUUCUUUCCUCAUUGGCCACGCCAGAGCAGUCCAUGGCGAUCAUGGACCUGAUUGAGGCCCGGUGGGAGGAACUUGUUGGAGAGAUGCCGUUGAAGAUAUGUUAUCCGGCGAUGGAGAGUCACGAGUGGCGGAUCGUCACUGGCUGUGACCCUAAGAACACAAGGUGGAGCUACCACAACGGAGGCUCUUGGCCAGUGCUUCUAUGGUUGCUAACGGCGGCAAGCAUAAAGACCGGACGACCACAAAUAGCACGACGGGCAAUAGAGUUGGCAGAGGCACGACUAUUGAAAGAUGGAUGGCCGGAGUACUACGACGGGAAGUCUGGAAGGUUCAUUGGAAAACAGGCCAGAAAAUUUCAGACAUGGUCAAUCGCUGGUUAUUUGGUGGCCAAGAUGAUGAUGGAUGAUCCAACGCAUGUGGGAAUGAUCUCAAUGGAGGAAGAGAAACAUAUGAAACCUCCUCUUAGGAGAUCUUCUUCUUGGACUUAAAUUAUAUGAUUUCCUUUUUGUGCUUUUUUUUUUGGUAUUGUAUCGCUUUUUAACCAUUAACAAAAACAAAAAUAUUCAUAACUCCCAAACUUUAAUUAUAUAUGUGGAAUAAUCAAGAAUGGUUGUCUUG